AUGGUACUACCUUCAUCAAGUCGAUUUUCCUGGAUUAAGAAGUUUUUUUUGGUGGUAUUUAUCUUUUAUCAAAUAAAACUUGGAUUACAAAGGCAAUUUCUUAUCAGAAGUCAAUCAGCCAACAAGAUCAUGACGACUCGUUCGUUUAAGGUGAACAAGAUAAGAAAAAUCUUUGGCUUAUUAUCUGCACUUGCUGUUGCAGGUGUAAUUACAUUGAUUCCUCAUUCACAGCAAUCAGCAAUGAAAGGUCCUCUUUGA